AUGCAACACGAUCAAACUAUGAUCACAACAAUUUCCACCACCUCCAAUCAUCUUUAUAAAUUACUUGAUUUACCAUCGGAAAUUUUAGAAUUAUUAUUCAGUUUUAUUCCAUUCAGAGAAUCGAGCAAUUUUAGAGUGACGAAUCGACAACUUGUUGCCACCUUUUUAAAUUAUUUUCGUAGAGUGUUUCGGGAGUAUUUGACUAUUUAUAAUGAACAUUUGAUUGAUAAAUUUCAAUUAAUUGAUUGUGAUGAUGAAUAUAGAGAACGAUAUCAACAGGAAUUUGAAAGAGUUGAAACUGAAUUAAAUUGUAAAAUUCCAUUUAUUAUUAAAGAGUUACUGAUGAUGACGAGACAUUUCGAUGAAGAUAUGAAUGUUGCCAGCUAUUCAUAUUAUUCGUAUCCUGCACACUGGAUAUAUCCAAUCAAGUUAUGGGAAAAGACGAAUAACCUUGUUAGUAUUAGUGAUAACAUUGUCCUAGUUCCGAAUGGGAAAUAUAAUAACCUUGUUAUUAGUACAAGUGGCCAUUACAAUACAAAAACUAAUAUAUGGGAUGCUCUAUUCGAUCCACCUUCAUCAAUGUUUACAAUUGAGGCAGAUAGUUUCCAAAAGUAUUGUAAAAUUGCUUGUGGAAGACAAAUAUUUAAUCGACUACCUGCAGGUGUGACAUCCACUCCAUUAGCUCUUUGUUUAUUGAAACAUUUUACAGCUCGUGAUCUUUCUCCUCAACAAAUUGCCAAGACCAUUAGUGCAAUCUCUCCAAAAUUCAAUGAUCCAGAUUUUCUUGUAAAGGCUGCAAAAAUUUACUACAAGAUUGGUAAGGAAAUACCUCAAUCCUUCUUGGAAGAUAGAGAUUUUUGCCUUCGAUUGGUCAACUCACAUGGUAAAAUGUUAAAAUAUUGCACCAAGUUUUUGCAAGAUAAGCAGGUUGUCACUCAAGCUGUAAAACAAAAUGGAUUUGCUAUCAAAUAUCUCAGUUCUAAUUUUCUGAGAAAUCAUCAAGAAUUAUUAGAAAUUGCUGUUUCUUCCAAACCUUACUCUUUGGAAUAUAUUCCCUACUCUACCCCUGGUUUCCGCAAAUUGGUAAUCAAAGGAAUCAAUCAAAUUGAAGAUAUGACAUCUUUCCCUGCAUUUUUGAAUCAAGAAGAACUAUUACAAGACAAGGAAAUUGUUGAAAUGAUAUUGAUGAAAAAUCCAAGCCUCAUCACUUAUUUGCCGGCCUUCUGGAAAGAUUGCAGACCUCUUGCAAAGAAACUUUUUGCAAUCAAUCCUCAAUCAAUAGUUAACUUUUCAACCAAGGUGACUGAAGAUCCAAGAAUAGUAAAAAUGAUAGCCGAUACCAAACCAUCUUUAUUUUUACAAUUUAGGGAUGAGAAUAAUUCAAUACAAUCAAAGGUGUUACAGGCAUGGGGAUUACCACCUUUUACCUAUCAAAACUAUGAGGAAAAUAUGGAAAAGAUUUUGGAACUAGCAAGAAAACAACCAGACAUUUAUGCAUUUGUAUUGGGAUCACAAAUCUUAAGUAAUUAUUGUGAUAUGGAAGUAAGGAAAAAGUGGUGUAGGACAUUCUUAAAAGAAGGAAUUGCUCAUAAUUCACAAAAUAUUGGACACAGUAGAGCAAUGGAAAUUGUCUCCUUAUUUGAUGUGAAACAGCAAGAAGAAGUUUUGCAAUGGUUCCUUGUUAACCCAACUCCUGUCUCAACCUAUUUCUUUUACAGAUUAAACAAAGAGCUUUUAGUCAAGUACGCACCAGAAGCAUUCAAAAAGGGAGUUCCUCUUAGUGAUUCAAUUCCUGUACUUGUCACUAAUCCAGAGGAUAUUGUUGCAUGCUUUACUAAAUGUAGAGACUGUUCACUGGUCUGUCUAGAUGAAGAAACUUAUAAUUCAAAGAAGCAAGCAUAUUUUUAUUAA